AUGCCGUGGACUUUUCCUGUCGGGUCUAUGUUAGGUGAUAGUCGUUCACUAGUACUAAGAGUUCAUUUACCUAAAGCUGGCAUUACUAAAACAACUGCUUUUGAUGCUCAAAUGACUGUAGGUCAAGCAUGUGAACGUAUCCGAGCACAAGUACGUGAAUCAGAUCAAACAGAUGGUGCUAAAGACUAUGGUUUAUUUCUACCACAUGAAGAUAAUAAGAAAGGUUUGUGGUUAGAUAAUUCACGUACUUUGGAGCAUUAUAUUUUAAGAAAUGGGGAUACAGUAGAAUAUAGAUACAGAUAUCGAUGGCUUUAUAUUCGUACAAUGGAUGGAACUCGAAAAACUUUGAAAGUGGAUGAUAGUAAAACUGUAGCUGAACUUAUGUUGAUGAUAUGCACUAAAAUGGGUAUUUAUAAUUAUGAAGAAUAUCUUUUGGCUCGUGAUCGCGAUGAAACGGAUCGAGAGCGCACAAACACAUUGAAAAGAUCAACUGGUCAUCAUCAUCAUACUGGUACAUUGAUGAGAGAUCAAGAAAAAAUGGAAAAAUUAAAACGCAAGUUACACACCGAUGAUGAUAUGGAAUGGCUUAAUCCAUCGCAGAGUUUAAGACAACAAGGUGUAGAUGAAAAGGAAAUUCUACUAUUGAAACGUCGAUAUUUCUUCUCUGAUAUGAAUGUGGAUGCUCGUGAUCCGGUACAAUUAAACUUAUUAUACGUUCAACUUAAGGAUGCUAUUUUGAAAGGAACUCAUCCUGUUUCUCUAGAAGAAGCUGUCUAUUUAGCUGGUAUUCAAUGCCAAGUUCAAUUUGGAAAUUAUGUUGCGGAGAAAUUUAAACCUAAUUUUUUAGAUUUGAAAGAUUUUCUACCAAAAGAAUAUGCAAAAAUUCGUAGUUUAGAAAAGAAAAUUUUUCAACAGCAUGCUGAAUUAUGCGGUUUAAGUGAAAUUGAAGCAAAAGUGAAAUAUUGUCAAUUUUGUCGCUCAUUAAAAACGUAUGGAAUUACAUUUUUCCUAGUAAAAGAACGAAUCAAAGGUAAAAAUAAAUUGAUACCACGUUUAUUGGGUAUAACAAAGGAUAGUGUAGUUCGAUUAGAUGAAAAAACCAAAGAAGUUUUGAAAAUUUGGCCACUUACAUCAAUUUGUAAAUGGGCUGCCUCACCACAUGCAUUUACUAUGGAUUUUGGUGAAUAUUCACCAGAUGAAUAUUAUACAGCACAGACAUCAGAAGGCGAACAAAUCUCUCAACUAAUUGCUGGUUACAUUGACAUCAUAUUGAAAAAACAAAAAGCUACUGAUCAUCCCGGUUUGCAAGGUGAUGAAGAAUCUGCAAUGUAUGAAGAAAAUGUUCAAGCUGAACGGGCUACGAUUGUUCAGCACCAACGUGUUCCUGUUCGUGGUCGUGGAAAAGAUCAACUUGUCAAUGGUGUAGUUGAGAAACCAUUCGACAUUCAACAACACAGAAAUGAUUUAUCUAGUCAUCAAAUGAAUACAAACGGUGUAUGGUCUAUUCAUCAACAAAAUAAUCUUGUAUGUGAUGAAAAUUCUACAGUAAUCGAUGGUCAAAGUGUAUUAACAGCAACAACAACACGUCAAAUGUCACCUGAUAAUUUUAUGACUGGUGGAACUCAUAUUUUCCACUAUCAAGAAAUGUCUCCAGCACAAAAAUCUCUCUUAGUUACAAUUAAUGAAGAUUUGGAAACAUUACAAGCUGCUAAAGAAAAUUUAGAUAUUGGUCCACCAACUGAACGUCAUCUACUCAAUAUUGGGACAGAUGAAGCAUCUAAACGUUGGUUAAGUGAAUCUAUGGGUGCUAGUCAAGCGAAGGUGACUGAUGAAGUCGGUGCUAUGAAUGCUGCUGUAGCUCAAGCUUUACGUUCAGCUAAUCGAGCUGAAUCAACUGAUAUCAAUGUUGUACAACAAGGUCAGCCAUUGGAUCAAAUACAUGAUCCUGGUGAUGAUUUAAUGAUGAUGCAACAAUCAUUUCGUGUAGUUACCAUUCAUUUCCCUGCAUUUGUUGAUGAUUUAAAACGUGUCGCUGUACUUCGACGUGAAUCUGGUGCUUUGAAAGCUGAUCAAACUGGUCAACCUAUUAUUGCUGAUAAAACCGAAGAAUCCACUCAAAAUUUAUUAUCAGCUGCUCGUCAUGUCGCUGAUGCAUUCACUGAUCUGUUGCAAUCAGCUCGACCAUUAGCUAUGGGACAGACACAUGAAGAAAUUUAUCCAACAUCAGAUGAUGGAACAUAUAAUGCUAAUCAUGUCAUUACACAACAGCAAGGUCCUGUAUCGAGUAGUUCACGUAAAGCUAUUAUUGAAGCAGCUAGUCGGGUUGGUGCAGCUAGCAAUGAUCUAUUACGUCAUGUAAUGCAUGGUGGAGAUGAUGAUGAUGAUUUAUUCAACACAAAUUAUUUAAUUUUAACUGAUGAAGAAAGAAUUUACCAGGAUCAAUUGUUAGGACUUGCUAAAGCUGUCGCCAAUGCAACUGCUGGAUUAGUUGUAAAAGCUAAAGUAUUAGCUUCACAAAUUACAUCAGAUCCUGAAGCACAACAACGUGUCAUUGCUUCGGUUACACAAACUGGUUUAUGCACUAGUCAAUUGGUAGCUUGUACUAAAGUUUUAGCCCCAACUAUUCAUCAACCAACUUGUCAACAACAACUAAGCGAAGCUGGUCGUGAAGUUACAUGGGCUGUAGAUGGUGUAGUUCAAGCAUCACGUGCUGCUGUUCAUGUACCAUCAGAAGAUCCACAAAUGGUUCAACAAUCAAUUAUUGAGACUGAAACUGCAGCUACAGAAGUUCGAGAUGCAUUAGAUCAACUUAAUGCACAUCUACUUAAAGGAUCAUAUAAAGGUUAUCAAGGUGAUGCUUUGAAUAGUUUCCAAACUUCUUAUGAAGACUUGAAACAAUAUUAUACUACAGAUGGUCAACGUAUGGUUGCAUCUGCACGUCGUCUUGCACAAGCUACAGCUCUUAUGAUUGCUGACAUUAAAGCACAGGCUGAAGAGUCUGGGGAUAAUUCGGAUAGACAGAAUCGCUUAUUCCAUGCUGCUAAACAACUGGCAGAUGCUACUACCAACUUGAUUAAUGCUGCCAAGGCUUGUUCAUCUAACCCGGAUAACAUACAACUCCAAACAGAAUUACGUGACGCUGCAGAUGAAUUGUAUACUCUUGCCUAUUCAGCUGGAGGUGAACAAUUUCAGACACGUUUAAUACAUAAUUUACAAUCUGCUGCACGUGCUACAGUAACUGGUGCUACACAAUUGGUUAACAUUAGUCAAGCAGCUACAAAAUAUUCACGUGGUAAUAGUUAUCAAUUGCAUAAUGACACAAAGAAUGUGACUAAUCUUAUCCCAAAAACUGUCAUUACAAUUAGAGAAUCGCGUGCCAAUCCAGAUGAUCCAAUGGCAUUGCUUGAAUUAAUUGGUGCAUGUGAACGUUUCGUACAACCAUGUACAGCAAUGGUGCGCUCUAGUAAAUCUUUAGCUCCAACACUAUCUGAUCCAUCUAUUCAAGCUGCAUUAGAAAAUUCAAACAGUCAACUGGCUAGUGCUUUAGAAACAUUAAUUACUUGUUUAAUAAAAGUUGCACCACUUGCUCGUCAUCUUCAGUUAGAUGGUGCAUUGACUAGAUUAACUCGUUUAUCAGAUGAAGUAGCUGGAAUAGAGACUAGUUUAAUUCAAGGUACACUAACUCCAAUACCUGAACAAAGGGUUGAAGAUUGUUGUCAUUUAUUAAAUAUCAGUGUCCAUGAUGGAACUGAGUCAGCGAAAAAAUUAGAUUCCAUUAUAAAUUCCAUGGCUAAAAUGGACUCAACUGUAUUAAAUCAACCGGAAUUAGCAGGUCAGUCAGCUGAUCAUUUAGCAUCGGCUAUGACUGGACUUGUACAUGCAACUCGUGGUAUAAUAGCUGAUCAAAAUAGUCUUAUUAUUAAUGGUAGUAAUAGUAAUAAUAAUACAUCAGCUGCUGAAUCAACACGUCGAGCUGUUAUUCAGGAUAUUCGACAAGCUGUACAAUUAUCAUAUGAAUUAGUAAGAGCAGUAAAAGAUACACGAAUAGCAUGUGAUGCUAAACAACCGGCUAAUGCAGCAACAGUUCAAAGUCAUAGUCAACAAUUAACUACACAAUUAAUUGAAACACUAACUCGUUGUUUACGUGGUCUACCUGGACACAGAGAAAUUAGUGAAGCUACUCAUUUAAUUGAACAAAAACGUUCUCAAUUAAUUCAAUAUUCACAACCGAAUCAGAUUAGUUUAACAGCACGAUUUGUUGAACCAAAUGAAUAUCAACGAAAACAAACGGAUUUAACUCAAGCAGCUGUUGAAUUUAAUCAAGCUACUGGAGAAUUACUCUCUUCAUAUUCACCUGGUUCAUUUAAACGAACAACACGUCGUUUUACCGGGGCAUAUGAUUAUUUAACUGAUAAAGGCAUUGAAUUAUCUAUAUGCAAUGAAAACUUACCAAAUAAUCAACAAUUUGAACCAGUUGUUAAUACUGAUCUAUUAAACGGACUUAUUAAUGUUUCAGAUCAAAGUUAUGUUUUAAUGAAUGAAGCUAGUCGAGUUUGUUGUCAACCUGAAGCAGAAAAUCUAAGAGGAAAAUUCCAAUCAGCAGCUAGAGAUGUCACAGAAAGCAUAAGUCAAUUAUUGACAAUUUGCACUUCAGGUGUUAGUCCUGAUCAACGAGAAUGUGAAGCAGCGAUUCGACGCUUGGAUUCACUUCGUCCAUUGUUGUUAAAUCCAAAUAGACCAUUAAACCAGCAUAGUUAUUAUGAUUGUGUGGAUACUGUAGCGAAAAGUCUUGAGCCAUUAGCGGAAAGUCUAAGGACGAUGUCUACGUCAGCUCGUGAUCAAAAACCUAAUGAAUUCAGCUUUGCCGUACGUCAGUGCGCUAAUUCUGUUUGUCAGUUAGUUGAAGAAACUGCUCAGACUGCCUAUCUAAUUGGAUUAGCCGAUCGUAUUGAGAAUAGAAGAGUAAGUGGAGCUACUAGUAUCAGUAGUGGUAUAAGCAGUCCACCUGGAAGUUCAUCGAUAGAUUUGGAUUUAUUUAUACAAAGUCAAAAAGAAAUACAGUCCGCUUGUAAUGCUAUAUGCGAACCAAAUGUGAAUAAUCGUCAGGUUAUCUCUUUAUCUACUGAAAUGGCACGUAGUGCCAAAACUCUCUGUGAAGCAUGUAGUCAAUUGGCUAGUCAGACUACGAAUAUAGAUACCCGACAACGUUUGAAUAAUAUAACAAAGCAAACUAUGCAAUCAAUUACAUCACUUAUUCAACAUCGCGGUAGUACUGUGGCUACAGAUGUGAAUGGUGAGUGGUCUGGAUCAAAUCGUCAACAAACAUUAACAAAUGCUCAAGCAGUCAGCGCAAAUGUUGCCAAUUUAGUGAAAUUAAUUACAACUGAACCACGAUUGGUUGAUUUAACAACUUCACAGGAGCGAAUUACAAAUACAACUAAAGAGACUCAACGUCCAGUUUGUGUUGCUGGCUUAGAAAGUCUUAAUGCAACGCAAACUGUAUUAAGAGCUGCUCAAAAUUUACUAUCCACUUCUAGAAUGGGACCGUCAGAAAAUGCUUUUAUGGCUUUUUCAUCGGCUAGUAAAGAUCUAUCUAACAGUAUUAAAGUAUUGGCUAACGCUAUGCGUGAAAAUGCUCCUGGUCAACGUGAAUGUCAAUAUGUAUUUAAUAAUAUCAAAAAAUUACUUCACGAAUUACAAGAUGCUCGUAUUGCUAGUAUGGAAAAUCGACUACCACCAAGACGUGAAUUAAAUGAAGAAGGUUUUCAACGACAACUGGCCACCAGCGUUCGUGCUUUAUUAGAUUCAGCACCGGCUGUAGGGCGUGCAGCUUCUUCGGAAGCAGAACAACUUGGUCGUACUAUACUUACAUGGGACUCUUAUCUUCCUGGUUUAGUUUCCGGUUCUAUAGCUGCUGCAUCACGUUCACCUUUGUCUAGCACACAAUUAGUCUACUUGGAUCAUGCAUGCACUGUUUUAGAAGCUGCUAGUCAAUUAAUUACUGUUGCUAAGGAUUCUGGUGGUAAUCCUAGAGCUGUACAUCUUCAUGAUAGUUUAAAUGAAUCUGUUCGUGGUUUAGUGGAUUCAUGUGAAGAAUUUUUAACCAUAUUAGAUGAUGUAGCUUCUCGUCAAGGUCAUGUGAGCACUCUUAUUGACACUUUGAAUCGCGCUCAAGCACAAGCUGAAGAAAUCAUUCAAGUUCCUAUGGAUGCAAGAUUUUCUGAUUAUCAAACACGUAUGUUAAGAAUUGCUCGACAUAUGGAUCAGUUGAAUCAAGCUAUUCAAUUGCGUGCUAGACAACCUGCUUCGGAUGGUGAGAUUGCUCCUUUGGCUCAUAAUUUAACACAGGAAUAUCAAGAAAUGUGUCAAACUUGUAAAGGUGCUGCUGCAACUUUACCCGAUGUCAAUCAAGCUGAUCAAUUGAGAUCAGCUGUUCGUGGUGUUGGAACAGCAUGUAUAAGUUUAAUACAGGCUACAACUGCAAGUCGCCCCGAUAUCUAUGGAUCGGGAACAACAACAGGUGGUCAAAAUCUACUUUUAAGUCGUAAUAAAAGUAUUGUCGAAUUGGAUAGGCGAGCUGAAUUCUUAGAUUCAAAAUUGCGUAACUUGAUCAACUUGCUCGAAACUCAUGGUCCUGGCACACAAGCUUGUUUACAGUCUGCUAGCACAGUCAGUGGAAUUAUUUCAGAUCUAGAUACAACUAUCCUGUUUGCUAGUUCAGGCACGCUACAUCCACCUGUUCGUGAUGAUUUUGAUGCUAUAUGGACUGAUAAUGAAUUUGGCCAUUCACGGUUAACAACUGAUCGAGGUCAUUAUUUGGCAUUAUCGAACAAUACGGAUGGAACUAGUAUACCAAGUCGUACUGGAAGUCGAUCAGAAAUGCAUAAUGUCGAGAAUUUCACUCCUUUAAGAGAGAGUAUAGCUCGUACUGCACGUGCUCUUGUCGAUGAUACUCAAUCAUUGGUUAGUGGAACUGGUGAAGAUCAAGCACGAUUAGCUAGUACAGCACAUACAGCUGUGGAACGUAUUACAGAACUUGCAGAUGUUGUCAAACGUGGUGCAGCAGUUAUUGGGCCAGGUCAACCAGACACACAGGUGGAAUUAUUAACAUCAUCUCGAGAUAUUGCUACUGCUUUACGUAGUGUGUUUCUUUCAGCCGGUAAAGUACAAGGGCGUCCGUCCUUAGAUCCUGUUUAUGAUGAAGUUCGAUCAAACGCUCAGGUUGUUAUUUCUAAUGUUGGCCAGCUUCUUCAAACAUUAAAGUCAGUAGAAGAAGAUGAACGACGAGGAAUUCGAUCCCUUGAGCUAGCUGCUAAUUAUUGUCGUGAACAAGCUAAGCUCCUUCCAUCAUCUAAAGAUCCAGAAGGGUUGCUUACACCAAAUAGUUCACGCAAAUCAGGUCCACGUAGUAUUUCAGUUGCUAGUGGUUCUUCUAGUUUAAUUGCUCGUUAUUUAGCUCCAGAUGAUUUAGCUCGUGCUGCUGGCGGACCUGUUCAGUCAGCUGUUUCAAAAGCGAUCUUAGCGAAUAAUACACAAAUUCAACGUGAUAUUGUCCAGACAUCAUCAACAACACGAGAUGCAGUCACUGAUUUAGUUGCAGCUGCCAAGUGUUUACUACGUUAUUCGGAUAUUCCUCCAGAAACACGAUCAUCAUGUGCUAUAGUGACAAGGGAAUUGGCUGAGGAAUUCGCUGUUUUAUUGGAUGCUCUUAAAAAUGGACUAUGCAUUCCUAGAAAAUCUGAUCCAGAAAAUGUUUCAAAGAUAGCUCGUCGUAUUGCUGAUAUUUCACAUAGUUUGAUCAAUUUAGUUGACAGUCUUAGAGAAGGACCACGAUUGAUUAUGUAUUUUCGUGCAAGCAGUCCGGAAUGGCGUGAUGUUGCUGAAAAGUUCAUCGGGCGUCAUGUAGCCUAUCAUCAUCAUUAUGUUUCAAAUUAUGCUUUAGGUGGCGGUUCAAAAUCAUCACACAAAAGUAUUUUUAUUCGUCCCACAUGUUAUCCUCUUCAAUUGUCGUCUGAGCAAACUAUGAACGAUGAAGCAGAAUGUCGAAUUGUCGAUGCUAUUAAUCAGCUUAAUUCAUCGCUGGAAAAAUGCUCGGCGGACAAUAAAUUAGCUCAAUCUCUUCUUGUUACGGCGCGAUCAGUCGCUGUAUCUGUUCAAAAUCUUAUUAAAACUGCAAGGACUGUUAUUUCCGCACCGCCAAGUGAUGCUGUGGACAGAGCUCGGACGGCAGAAGGUGCUUCACAAAAGAGUACUAGCUCAGCUGCUCUUUGGCGUACUGAACUUAAUGUAUCGCUUGCCACUCAACACUUGUGCCAGUUGUCUAAACUAUGUUCGGAAACAGUACCAUCAACAACCUCGAAAAAAUUGGAGAAUAGCACUGGGGAGUUGUCAGGAGGAUUAAUUUUAUCACGCGAAAGACUUCUGGCUGCUGUGCGUCAAGUGGCAACUGCAGGAGCUCAGUUACUCUUAGCAGCUAAGUUAAGAAAAGAAGCUCUAAUGUCCACUGAUAUUCGAAAGUUGAAAACUGCAGGACAAGCUGUCAAAGAGUCAACAGACCUACUUGCUGAAACUGUUCAACGAGGUGACACAGUUUCAAGUAGUUCAACUUCACCACGAAUAGAAAUAACUUGGCCAACUUACACAAAUCAAGCAUUGUUACAAGGUAUCCAUACAAAAGCACGAAUUCAAUCUCAGCAAAUGGAAUUAGAAGCAUUAGAAUCUCAUCUUGCUAGUUUAAAACAAUCAUCAUAA